UGUCAAAGUUUGUUUUGAUGUUUAUGUCACGUCAGCCAAAAAACCUACUUUUGCGUUUAUUUCUUGAUAAUUAUUCAUAAAAGUUAUAUUAUUUCUUUAAUAAUACAUAUUCAAUGGAAUUAAAAACCUUCGGAGAAGAUGAUUUUGAUCCUAAAAAAUGGAUAAACAGAGCAUGGAGUUCAAGCGGGAACCAGGAGAAAGAGGUGUUUGUAGCAAACACAGUGUCAAGACUACAACUGUACAUGAAGCAACUAACCAACUCACUGGAUGAGACAACCACACAGAUAGUAAACUCGAUACCCCGCACCCUGCAAGAUGCCGCGGCGCUCCAACUGGAGGGAGCCCUGCUGCAGCAGCAACUCCUGUCGCUGGAGGAGAAGGUGGAAGGCGUGGAGGAACAGACGGGGCACUCUAUACUGAGUCUGCAGCGGAUUGAUCAGCUAAAGAGUCGGCUAGAGAACGCAGCUUCGGCGCUCCGUGAGGCAGACAAAUGGGCAGCCCUGGCGACCGCUUUAGAAGAUGUUCUUGAAUCCGGUGUACCCAAUAAACCAGAGGAGUUGGAGGCCCUGGCUGGACAAGUCACAGCCCUGACGCACAGUCUUGAAGUGUUAACAGAGGCUUCGGACUACGAAAGCAAGCGUUUGCAGUUGGAGGCGCUGUAUAACCGGCUCGAAGCUGCGCUGAGCGCGCCCUUCCUCACAGCACUCAAUCAAGGAGAUAAGGAACGCACGGCAUGCUACGUGUCCCUAUUCCGGGGCAUGAAUCGCGCGACGUCCGCCGCGCGAUGUUGGCGACGUUCUGUCUGCGCGUCAUUGGCGACACAAUGGCGCCGGUCGGCGGGACAACCGUCGCCAAGAAUCGCUGCACUCGCGGGGAAGGGAGAGGCACACACGCAUGUGGAGUGGUUGACCAACGUGCUUAAAUCGGAGACCCCAUACGCUGAACUGGUCCGUUUAUACACGGAUCUGCUGCAGUCGCUGGACCCAUCCCCUACUAAGGUGGUGUCAGCGAGCCUCAAACUGUGCUCGGACCCCGAAGAAGGCAUACUCCUCCUGAUCGAGCUGAGACGAGAUAUCGACGAGUUUAUCGCCUCCAUUAGAGCUGUUAUCGAUGAACCUGGUAAAAAUAAAGAGGUGGUACCAACAUCCACGCUACAAGAGCUAGGCGUCGCCGCUUACGCUCCGCUCAAAGACCUGCUGCCUAAAUACACCGAUCUGCAGCGACAAGUGUUCUUAGCGUACCUCGAAGGACCGCAGCUGAGACAGGACGACAUCUUAGAGCAAUCGCGCGCCAUUUUAACUGUAUCCGAGAGGUGUGAAGGCUGGCUCGACACGGCUUACGGAAAAGCUAAGAAGAUAGCAGGCGACGCCGCGUGGCCACACUAUGCUCCCACUGUUGAGGCUUUCUUCGCCGCCCUGUGCGCCCUGAUAUCGUCCCACAGCCGGCGCAUAGAGCAGGAGUUCCACACGAGCAGGGGCGGAGUCCUAAGCGCCGCGUGCCCGGCCGCCGUCACACUAGAGAGGGCCGCCGCUCAAGCCCUGGAGGCUGCCGGUGCCGGACAACCACUAACGUAUGAUUCAGAGCAACCGCUCCACCCGCUGACCGACCUGCCGGCCCUGCUGGAGGCGGACGGGCGCUCCCCCCUGCCCGCGCGGAGGGGGGGGACGGGGACGGGGGCGGGGCGGGGGAGGGCGGAGCCCCCGGCCUCCGCGGCCGCGCUGCGCCGCGCCGCGCAGCAGCUGCGGGCGCUCGCGAGGGCCAUCGUACGGGGGCCCGUCGACAACCAACUCGAUACAAUCCCAUCUCUGAAUGUUUGGAGUAACAAUGAUGCACUGUCCACUGACUUGCCAGAUUUCUCUCUCUCACCACAGGAAUAUAUCACUGAGAUCGGGCAAUAUCUGAUGACCCUGCCGCAGCAUCUCGAGAUGCAUCUGUCGGAGAAACAGGCGCCUUGGCAGUUUCUUUCCGAGAUUUGCACGCACACAUGCGAGGUGUACGCGGAGAAAAUCCUUAACAUCAGAAACAUGGACGCACUAGGGACCAAGCGGUGUCUCACGGACAUAGUUUACCUAUCCAGCGUUGUGGAAGACCUCGGUACCGCGGUGACGCCAUCUUUAAGGAACCUGGAGCGUUCUCUUCGCGCUGCCACGCCGCAACACGAAUAAACGUCACAACGCCCAGUGUGCAAUAUAAUGUACAUGUAUACGGGAUGGCUAAAAAAUAGCCAUUCCCGUUGCCAGGGAGGUUUUGGGAUUGUACUGAGCAUCUGUUACCAUGGAUCCAACCGCGAAAUCGCGAAAAAAAGUUACCCUCCCAUAGAAAAUGGACCAGCCAAAAUGUAUGAAACGGCCAAUUAUUUUUUCGUGAUUUCAGGGUUGGUCCUAUAGUAAAACUUGCUCAAUAUAAUCCAAAAACCUCCCUGGUAACAGGAAAGCACUUUUUUUAGCCACCGUGUAUAGGAAGGCCUCGGUACAAUGACGCCAUCUUUAAAGAACCUGGAGCGAUUACUUCGGGCUGCCACGCCUCAACACGAAUGAGCCACACAACGCCCAGUGUGCAAUAUAAUGUACCUACAUUCUACAUUUUAUUUAAAUCAAA